UGCCGUGACUUCGGCGCGAAACGAAUCAGUUGCAGCACAGACUUCAAAACGAUGGGUUGGGAAUCUCUAAUCAUGGUAACGAGUGCUGAAGAAGCUAAGGCUUAUUUUGCCAGGGCAGAAACCGGUCCACGUGAGUCCAGAUACUUAAAUCAUCGUGCAAAACGGGAGGACAGUGAAAGUAACUAUGUCGAUCAUCUUGGUUUAAAUAACAUGACUGAAGAAGAAACGGCAAACGUCAAAGAGAUUGGCAAUGGCAGAGAAACAACUGAAGGAACCGAAGAAAGAGUUGCCAAAGAUCAUAUUGAAUCUAAAAGAAAGAGUGCCAGCACUGGAAUAGAAAACCUUUUUAUUUAUUUAUUUAUUUAGUUUUGUCUUUCUUAAUUCUAGCCAUAAUUUACAAGAACAAAAAGAUAUGAAAAAUAUGGAACUAAACUGCACUUGAAACAAGAGAGAGAU